AUGAACAUUUUCUAUCUAUCUAUCUAUCUAUCUAUCUAUCUAUCUGAGCAGCACUCAUCAGCAGGCAAGUUAGCAAAUAAACAACUCCCUAAAUAUCUAUUUCUCCUUUCAGUGUGUUUUGUUGCUUUUUUUUUCUCCACCCCUGUAGACACUCUCUUGUGUGUCAGUUCGUCUUACGUCCUCUUUCUUUAUCUUCGUUUUCUUUCUUUUUUCAUUCUUUUCUCUUUCUUUUAUUCUUUAUUUUCUAUUUCUUUUUUUCUUUCUUUUUCAUUCUUUCGUUUUUCAUGCUUUUCUCUUUCUUUUCUUUUUCGUAUCUCUUUCUUACUUUUCCAUUUCUUUCUUUCUUUUUCUUUCUUUCGUUUUUCAUUCUUUUCUCUUUAUUUCUUUCAUAUUUUUCUCUUUCUUUUUCUUUAUUUUCUAUUUUUUUCUUUCUUUUUUUCUUUCUUUCGUUUUUCAUGCUUUUCUCUUUCUUUUCUUUUUAUCUCUUUCUUACUUUUCCAUUUUUUCUUUUUUUUCUUUCGUUUUUUUCUUUUUCUUUAUUUUUUCAUAUUUUUUCUUUCUUUUUUCUUUAUUUUCUUUUUUUUCUUUCUUUUUUUUCUUUCGUUUUUGCUUUUCUCUUUCUUUUCUUUUUCGUAUCUCUUUCUUACUUUUCCAUUUCUUUCUUUUUUCUUUCUUUCGUUUUUCAUUCUUUUCUCUUUAUUUCUUUCAUAUUUUUCUCUUUCUUUUUCUUUAUUUUCUAUUUUUUUUUUUUUUUUCUUUCUUUCGUUUUUCAUGCUUUUCUCUUUCUUUUCUUUUUCGUAUCUCUUUCUUACUUUUCCAUUUCUUUCUUUUUCUUUCUUUCGUUUUUCAUUCUUUUCUCUUUAUUUCUUUCAUAUUUUUUUCUUUCUUUUUCUUUAUUUUCUGUUUUUUUUCUUUUUUUCAUUCUUUUUUUCUCUUUUUCUUUUUUUCUUUUUUAUCUUUUCUUAUUUUUCCAUUUUCUUUCUUUUUUCGUUUUUUCUUUCUCUUUAUUUCUUCAUUUUUCUUUUCUUUUCUUUAUUUUCUAUUUCUUUUUUUCUUUCGUUUUUCAUCUUUUUCUUUCUUUUCUUUUUUUAUCCUUUCUUUUCCAUUUCUUUUCUUUUUUUUUUCUUUCUUUCGUUUUUCAUUCUUUUCUCUUUAUUUCUUUCAUAUUUUUUCUCUUUCUUUUCUUUUUCUUUAUUUUCUAUUUUUUCUUUCUUUUUUUCUUUCUUUCGCUCUUCAUUCUUUUCUCUUUAUUUCUUUUUUCUUUCGUUUCUCUUCCUUCCUUUCCUUUCUUUUCGACCUCUUUUCCUUGUUUUAUUUUUCAUUCUUUCCCUUUAUUUCUUUCAUUCUUUUCUCUGUCUUUUCGCUUUCUUUUUUCUUUAUUUCCUACUUCUAACUUUCUUUUUUCUUUCGUUUUUCAUUCUCUUCGCUUUAUUUCUUUUCUCUUUCUUUCUUUCGUUUUCGUUUCUCUUUCUUUCUUUCUUUUUCUUUUAUUCUUUUUUUUCAUUUCAUGCGCUUAUAUUUUCAUGA